AGCAGCAGCAGGUUUAAGUCUUACAUGUUCUUCAAGUUGCAGUCGCCCACGAAAUGUAUAAAAGUUGAUCUCAUUUCUGUUAUCAAAUCAGAAAUCUUUCAAAGCUAUCCAAGUUCGAAGUCUCGUUCAUCUUAACUUAAACAAAAUAUUCAACAUGAAGUUCGCCAUGUGUGCCGUAGUCUUGUUGGCCCUAACAAUGGGAGUUGCUCAAUCAUCCAUAAUACCUGGAAUAAGUCUUAAUUUACUUGGUGCAGGUGGUGCCGGACCUACGCUUCAACAAGGUCCAAUUGUCAUUGGAUGGGGAGCAAGUGUACCAGUAGCAGUUCCAUCUCCAGUUGCUGUGGAUAUUUCUUCUGCUGUUGGAGCACCAGGAGCAACAUAUGUGGCUAAGACUUUGGGUGCUGUUCAUGCUGCUCCAUUGCCUGGACAUACUCAAUCAGCUUCAGCAGUUAAUGUUGACCCAGCACCAGGAACUGCUUAAAAACAAACUGUUAGUGAAAUUCUGUGCUGUGAGGAUGAUUGAUGGAUAAUGUUGACAUUGGCAUAUGCUCUUAUGAUAUUAUAUUUAAAGGAACUUUGUAUCUAUAGCUUAUUGUUUAUAUUGAAGGCUUGAUUUAAAUAGAGACAAAAAUUGCGUUUCAAAAGGA